AUGAGGAAAACCGAUCGACUCCCUUCGGGAAUACUCCGAAUCCCCGAGGACGACGUGUAUCACCAGCAGGCUGCGACGGCGAGGGCUUCUUUUUUCGUGGACUGCCAGAAUGUGGGACAGCAGGUUUCCUGCUUACACAAAACCUUGUCAAGCGUAGACCAUGGGGAAAUCAUCGAGUUCCUGUGCGUGGUAUAUCUUGCCGCGAGCUCGUCUGAAACUGCAGCACUCCGACGCGCUGCUUUCGGCGCUCUGCGAAAUCGAUCCCCGGAUGAAGUGGCGCCCGUGUUAUGGCGACGUAUGUUGUUUCUCAUGCAGAAGGAACCCGAAUCGAUGGCUUCCGUGAAUGAACUCGCCAUCCUUAGUGCAUGGCACCCCCACGGUUUGCAGGCUCUCCUUCUCGGAGAGGAAAAGGUUUUCAAGUAUCUAAAGGAAGCAAUGGAUGCUCUGAAUCGGCAGGGAGUUGCGACCGACCGAGAAGAUGUAUUCGAUAAGGCGUCGAAGGUUGUUCGGUGCAGCACAUUAUUGGCGAAACACGGCUCCCGCAAAGAGCUUCCACCGGAGUUCGCUCGCGAGAUCAAAAAGGCUCUCUUAUGUGAGAUCCAGACGCUCCCGUGCCGUUUAGCCUGUGGGAUUUCCCUUCCGGAGAUCUUGAUCCUCCAGGAGGACGAUCCAGAAGAAGUCUACAGGUCUCAAAUAGGGGAUCUACGAGAGGAUCCACUCGCUCAUGUUUGUUUCAUCGCUGGUAUGAUCAACGUGACACCCCUGAACAGUCAGAAAAUAAAUUGCCGGGAGUUCUACAGAGAGCUACUGUGUGAACUGAGUCGACUCGAAUCACUCGGAGAAUUCCACAAGAAGCCCCCUUUCGCUCUGACUUGCAGUCGCACCGUACUUCAAUGGACGGAAAAACUUUUGCAGUUCAGAGACCAGGUUCCAGAGCUUCUGCACGAAACCCACGAGAAUUUGUUGACGAUCGCCUCGCUCAACGCGGAACAUUUUGUCGAUGCUGUGCAACAUCAGGGUAGAGCACUCAUGGAGCUCGUUUUCGACGCUCUGGCAGAAACUGAGGACGGCAGAUACGCCAAGUUCCUGGAAUCGACGUUCGCGCGCGUGCUCGAAGAGCCUCAUCACAAAAAGAGCAAAUACGCUCCCUUGACGAUGAUCGCGAAACACAUCAAAGUCGGUCCGUACCUGAAUCGGAAUCUGAUUCGGGAAAUAUACGAAACUCUCAGCGAAAAGAGCAUGUUUCCGUAUGUUCAAGACUUCCUCAGGGACGUCGGCAGAGCGCAUUUGAGAGAGAAACCCCCCGACUGGGAAGACAUCUGGCUGACUCCGUUCUUCGAAGUGUUCGUCGAGGGAAGGGCCCCAAUCAUCGAAAACCUCGUACCAAAUCUCGUCAAGCUCUAUCCGUCGCUGAGUGAUAUAGUUCUCAAGAAAUGUGAUGAAUUACCUGUGAAUCUGCUAGCUCUGAAGCUUCUGCCCCUGGAGAAGCUCCUCGAUCAUCCGUCGAUAAUGGAUGACGCCCAGUGGUCUGCGGAUGAGAAAAUGCGUUUGAGCCUCCUCCAGGUUCUGACUGACUGCCCCAAGUCUUGCGAACCUCUGAACCCCAGGAUCAUUAGCCAUCUUGAAGUUUUCCUCAAGUUGAAUUGCUCAACUCAGAGCCAAGCCUUGCGACAGGCAAUGUUUUCGAGCUUCAAAAAGCUCAUCCUACGAAUGCAUGAAAGUCCAAGAUAUUGGAAAAGCAGAGAACACCCGGUCUACGGUGAAAAAGCAAAAGAUGCUCGUUUCAGAAAACAGAAGGAUUUUGUCAUUUGGAUGUUCAACUUCUGUAUUGGAGAACUUCGGCCGGGCUGUAACUUCUUCACUCGUUCUACGAUUCUCAUGCUCCUGGAGCUUCUGUCUCCCUGGAUGGGCGAUCAGUGGACGCGGUCGAAGGCGGCUACGAUUCUGCAAUGCAUAAAGGAUACGUAUGAGAGCAAUAAAACCGCUGUGGUGAAAAUUCUGGCCACCAUACCACCGGAUUUGCUCCCCUACACUGGUGAGGCGGGUAAUCCCGACUCGUCGAUCCGUGAGAUCGCCUCGAACCAAAUCUCCUUUUCACCGAGCAGCCCCGACGCUUGGAUCGAGCGAUGCGUAGCUCUGACAAGGUCCGCGCGUCCUCCCGACUGCGUCACAGCCGCCUAUAUGUUACGCGUGAUCGCAUCGAACUCGGAUGCGUUGAAGAAACUCAAAAUAAUCUCAGCGGUCAGUCGGGAGCUCUCCUCGCAAAUUGAAAUCGCUCAAAAUCAAGGCUUGGUGGAAGCUUCGUCGUCCAGUCCUAUGUACGGUGCGCUCACUUGCCUGAGAAGUCUGCUCAACGAUCUACUCGCGGAGACGGUUCCGAUCGAUUUGAUUCCCGAGUAUAGAGAGAUUUUCGAGAGCCUGAUCGAGCAAUGCGCGGCAAUCGCGAAAAUCGCCAGUCCGCUAGUGACGAACGCCAGUCCGGAGGGUCAACUUCAGAUCGAUGAGCACCCAGAACUCGAGGAAGAGUUCAAGGAGGCUCUCCUCAAGGGGUUUGGCAAGAACCUCGAGGGCGCGGAUACAGUGAAAGCGUGCGCCGUUGCAUCUCAGAUGCUGCUACUUUGCUGCUGGCGAUCCCAUAAAGAAGUAUCUCUAACGUUCGGCGUCCUCGCGGUGCACCUCAAUCGUCUUACUGCGCAAGAGAUACUGCCCGUCGGCAAGUUCCAGGAGAUGGGCGCAUUUUUCAUGGACGAAUUGUGCACGGUUCGGCAUAGGGGUGCUUUCGAGCAAGCCUACGUGGGCUUCUCGAGUUUGUGCACUGCUCUCUGGAGAAGCACGAUAGCUGGGCUGAACAGAUUUCCUUCCACUUGGCUCCGGGAGCUCGUCGAGAAAAUUACCGAUGGAGCCGUCAGUUCGACGCGUCGAAGCGCAGGAUUGCCCUUCAUUGUUCAGGCUGUGGUUGUGAGCGAGCCCGAACUUAAUAAUGGUCGCGCACUGAAACAAGCUAUGGAAGCUCUUCUCCCUCUGGCUGAAUCCAAAUCCACCGAAGUGGCUCGAGUUCAUGCUCUAAAUGUUCUCAGAGCUCUAUACAAAGACACUCGGCUCGGUGAGAGCAUAAUGGCUUACGUGUCCAGGGGCAUGAGGGCCGCCCUAGAAGGUUUCGAUCACCCGGUUUGGGGAGUGCGAAACUCCUGCACGCUCCUGUUUUCGUCUCUCAUCACGAGGAUCUUCGGUGUCAACAGAUCUAAACAGGACAUCGAACGCAAGAAUUGUCUGACGGGACAUAUCUUCUUCCUGCGCUUCCCGGGCUUGUUCGAUUUCCUCCGCCGAAGGAUGAGCGAUCUUGCGAAAACACCUUUGCAGCAUCCAGGCCUUUUCCCGAUUCUACUGCUGUUUGGGCGACUUUUUCCAUCGAUAGACGAAUGCAAACUCGUGGCCUUCAUUCCACUUCUGGAGCCUUGCUGUAGUUCGCCGAUGAUUUCGAUAAGGAAAACUGCUGCUAAGGCUUUCGCCGCAAUCGUUCCGACGGGACUGCAUGGAUCAUUGGUGUCCAUCAAAAUGUCAAGGUUCCUCGGCGUAGAACCGACGAGGCUACCUCGGAACAACCUCCAUGGUCUUUUGCUGCAAAUCGAAGCUGUUCUCGAUCUGCCGAGCUGUACGGAUGAGACCAAGAAAACGAUACGCGACAAAUUGGCUCUUUCUGAAUUCUUCCUAGCGUCGCGAUGCAGUGUGAUCGCUACGCUUUACCUCCAAUUACUGAUGCGCCUCGGGGUGCGUAAGCCCGACCUCGGCUCGCUACGACUCACCGAAUUCGGCGCUGUGUCGCACACGGAUCUACAACGGGUCAUAAUCCACUACAAGUGUGAGCUUGGCGACAUAAAGUCAACCGAUGUGGUCACCGACCAUCACAAGAUGGGGUUGUUGGAGUGGUGCCUCGACAAUACCCUUGUUCUACCGGCCGUGAUGACCGAUAUACUUCUGAGGACCCAAGUGGAGCAUCCCCACGUCGCACAACUCGCCUUGGACCUCGCGACCAAACACCUCGAAGAAGCAGUUGGACAGGAGUUGGAAACGUUCAUCAGGAAGCUCCUCGUUGAGUUGCCCUCCGUCACCAUACCAACGGUCGCCGUGUCUAUGUUUUCCUGCAUCGCGGCGCACGUCGCUCGACUUUCGGUCGAUUUCGCGGUUUCAAGCAUUGGAGUUAUGCAUCAGUACUCCGCGGCCAACCAACCCCCAGCCAUGCGCAGCGUCGCGGCCGAUCUCGCUCGAAAGCUCAUGGAGACACAUGGUCGAGCGAUUUUCGAGAAAUCGAACUCUACCGGUAAUUUCCUGAUGCUCUGUGAGGGUCUCAUGAAUUUGGUCAUGGACAAUGAUGUUCACGUGAGGAACCAGAUCGUCGUCGGCAUCUCGAGCAUUUCUACAGAGAGCCUUAAGAGAGAUACCGCUUUGAACUCAUUGUUAGAUCUGUGCGUGGAGAUGUGCAGGGAGAAAGAAGCGUUCGCGAAGCUUCUGAUAAAGAUGGCACUGGCGUCAGAAGAAGCUCCGCUGGACGUCGAGUUCGACGAGCAGCCCUUCGAGAAAGGGGAGUUGAACACAUUCCAUGACUCUCUUGUAAUUGCCGAAAGUUGCUGCCAGGCUGUCCUCAAGCUCGGCAUUCGGGACGUGGAUAUCGACGAGUCUCGAUACCGGGGCCUGAAAUCCAGAUUGGCUGCAGUUGAUGCCUGUGAACUCGCUUUCAAUCGACAACUCGAUGCGGAUCUAGUUAAGUUAGGACAGUUCUAUUCAGCCAUCGCCGUGCGGGGAGAACCCCCAGACGCCCAAGACAUUUCUCCGGUGUCGAAUGUUUAUUUCGAUCGCUUCAGACUUCGGUUAUGAUUAUCGCCUCCUGGGAGUGUCUGAAAGAGAUCUGUGAGGGGACAAGACUUCAGCGAUACAGU